UGAGACAGGAUGGAUGAUCAGAAACCACCUGGUGAGGACAAAUGCUCUGGUACACCAGGUAGGAUUGAGGCAGCAGAUGGAAUUGUGUCCUCAGAAGAGCAGGGCAGCGUGGAAGCUGAUCCUCUGAAGCCGCCAGAAGAGGGCCUUGUGAGAGAAGCAUUGGAUACAGUGGCUGUUAAAGAGGAACUUCUCCAGACCUGCAGCCUCCCACCCAAACGCUGUGCGUUCUGUAACUGCAGCAAGUGGAGCUUGCAUGGGCAGCGAGAACUGCUGCGGUUUGAUCCUGCACCUGGCUGGACAGCAGAUCUUUCUCAGUUGCCAGAAGGGAAGCAGCCUGGCUCUACAGAAGCUGGAAAUGAUGAUCUCACCCUGAUUGGCUUUGCAGACAGUGUGUCAGCACAGGAGGUGUUUGAGCCAACAGGGCACUUCUGGGCUCAUCAUUGGUGUGUGGUGUGGUCAGCUGGAGUUGUACGUGCAGAAGGGUCAUGGCUGAGCCUUGUGAACAAAGCUGUCAUCUCAGGGAUUGCACAGAAAUGUGAACACUGUAACAGGCAGGGUGCUACUAUUCCAUGCCACGCAGAAGGGUGCCAGCGCCACUAUCACUUCCCCUGUGCAGCGGCCAGCGGCUGCUUCCAGUCCAUGAAGAGUUUGAAACUUCUGUGCCCAGAGCAUCUCGAUCAGGCUGUACAGAUGGAGGAUUCGCGCUGCAUGGUAUGCGAUGCCCCAGGGGAACUUCGUGACCUGCUCUUCUGCACUAGCUGUGGCUUGCACUAUCAUGGCACCUGCUUGGAGAUCACGGUAACGCCACGGAAACGCUCGGGCUGGCAGUGUCAUGAAUGCAAGGUUUGCCAAACCUGCAGGCUGUCUGGUGAGGACAGCAGGAUGUUAGUGUGCGAAGCCUGUGAAAAAUGCUACCACACCUACUGCUUGAAACCUGCUAUCGAGAGCCUCCCCACAGACUUCUGGAAGUGCAGAAGCUGCCGUGUUUGUUCUGACUGCGGCUUCCGCCCAUCCUCAUUGGAGUCCAGCAUCCAGUGGUACGAGAACUACUCUCUAUGUGAAGGAUGUCGUGAGCAGCGCUGCAACAAAGCUAACAGUACAGAGGCUGUGCAGCACAGACAGGAGCAUAUUCCCCCAGCAAGGAGCAUCCCCACAACUGACAAGGUGGUUUCCCCCCAACCCCUGGAAGAAGUUGGUGUGGCCAGUCAGGGACAACUAGAAGGUAAUGUCAGCACUGUCAGCAUGCAACAAGAAGAACAAGUGCCGCUGGAGACUGGCCAGCAGCCCCUUGGUGCAGACAGACCUUUAGAACUGUGUGGUGUGGAUCUGGAGGCCGCUAUAGGGCAGGAGCAAAUGGAAGUGGAAACAGCGCUAGAGCCUGAAAAGGCCCCCUCUCCACCACCCCCUCCCCCAGUACCACCAGAUCCAGUGUUUUCUGCUCACCCAGAGGAGUCACCGCUUGGUGCCAAAGAGCAUCCUGCCUUUGAACUGCUGCCCACAGAGCCAGAACCCACAGAGAGUCACAUUGCAUCCGCACUCUUGGCCCAGGAAGCAGAGUCCUCUCCAAGGAGCCCUCUGCUUGGUGUACUCCACCGUGGUUCUUCAGGAAAUGUUGAAGGAGAGCCCAGUGAAGAGCCCAUGGACACGGAGGUGGAAGUGCCAGGCCUUGACAGUCCUGACAAGAAUAGAAUCCAGCCCAACCAAGAGGAGGAGGAGGAGGAGGAGGUGGAAGAAGAGGUAGAGGUAGAGGUGGCAACAGCACCCAAGAUGGAACAUGAACAGGGAUUCUCCCCACAGCUGAGUGAAGAGGAGGCAUUAGACGAAGGGCAUGUCACAGUUGGAUCAGAACCCAGUGAAAUUCACCUCAGCUUUGCCAAUGAAUCUAAGAGUUCUCCUUCCCCAGUGGAGGUGGAAUUGCUGGGCAGAACGUCUCUUCCAGUGGAAGCCUAUGGAUCUGCCAUCCCACUUGAGGGAGGGGCUGUUGGAGAGGAGGAACUAGGACCAGCACCCCCAUCCCCAAGGCCUCACCACUUAGUGAAGUCGGAUAUUGUGAAUGAGAUCUCAAACCUGAGUCAGGGUGACGCCAGUGCCAGCAGUUUUCCAGGCUCAGAGCUCCCAUUUGCCUCCCCGUAUCACGAAGGUGGAGGCUCGCUUUCCCUAGAGAUGGCUGGCUUAACCUCCACAGAUGUCAGUCUGCAGAGGGAAGAUGGAGCCUCUUUGCCCCUGGGCGAAAUGGAUGAUUCCCUGCUAUUUGAUGUAAAAGGCGAAUGUGAGAAGGGACGACGGCGAAGCUCCCCAGCCCGUUCUCGUGUCAAGCAGGGUCGCAGCAGCAGUUUUCCUGGGAGGAGACGGCCUCGGGGAGGGUCUCACACGGGCCGAGGGCGGGGCCGAUCACGUUUGAAAUCCACCACUUCUUCCAUCGAGACACUGGCGCUUGCUGAUAUUGACAGUUCCCCAAGCAAAGAGGAGGAAGAGGAUGAUGAUGACACAAUGCAAAACACAGUGGUGCUCUUCUCCAACACAGACAAAUUUGUGCUAAUGCAGGACAUGUGCGUCGUGUGUGGUAGUUUUGGCCGUGGUGCAGAGGGCCAUCUUCUGGCUUGCUCUCAGUGUUCUCAGUGUUACCAUCCUUAUUGUGUAAACAGCAAGAUUACUAAGGUGAUGCUACUGAAGGGUUGGCGUUGCGUCGAAUGCAUUGUGUGUGAGGUAUGUGGCAAGGCGUCUGACCCCUCCCGUCUUCUGCUCUGCGAUGAUUGUGACAUCAGCUACCACACGUAUUGCCUGGAUCCACCUCUCAACACUGUGCCCAAGGGUGGCUGGAAAUGUAAAUGGUGUGUGUGCUGUAUGCAGUGUGGAGCAGUUUCACCUGGCUUCCACUGUGAAUGGCAGAGCAAUUACACUCACUGUGCUCCCUGUGCCAGCCUUGUCACUUGUCCCAUCUGCCAUGUGAAGUAUGUUGAAGAUGACCUCUUAAUUCAGUGUCAGCAUUGUGAACGGUGGAUGCAUGCUGUAUGUGACCACCUGUUCAGCGAGGAGGAAGUAGAACAGGCAGCAGACGAGGGAUUCGAUUGCACUUCAUGCCAGCCGUAUAUAGUCAAGCCUGUUGUUCCAGUUCCCCUUCCGGAAAUCAUCCCAGUGAAGAUCAAGGAACCAGAGCCCCAGUAUUUUCGCUUUGAAGGUGUUUGGUUAACAGAGACAGGCAUGGCAGUGCUACGUAACUUGUCUCUGUCACCGCUGCACAAGCGUCGGCCGCGCAAGACGACACCAACCACACCAGUGAUGCCACAGCCAGGCAUUCUUAAUGGUGAAGGUGGGCUAGAUUGCAUUGGCCCUCUGGGUGCAGAUUUGAAAAAGGAUGGUGACGUGGAGGCAGAUGAGAUCCUGAAAGCUGAAGUUAGCGUUGAGCACAUGGAGUGUGAGAUCAAAUUAGAAGCCCCACCUACUCCAGACAGAGAAACUACAGCCGAGGCUGAUAUUGGAAAAGGCCUUUUGGAGGACUCUGAGGAGGUCAAGAAGCGGAAGCGGAAGCCCUAUCGCCCAGGUAUUGGAGGUUUCAUGGUGCGACAGCGGAAAUCACACACGCGGUUGAAAAAGGGUUCGGUUCUCUUGGCGGAAGUCUCUCGUGAGCUGACCACUGCGGAAGGGCAACUGGAAGAGGGAGUGCAGCCCAAUCCACCUGCUGAAAACCCCGCUGAGACCUUGGCUGAACAGGGAGUGGUUGAAGCUGACGAAAAGAAGAAACGGCGGGGGCGGAAGAAGAGCAAGCUAGAAGACAUGUUCCCUGCCUAUCUUCAGGAAGCAUUUUUUGGCAAAGCACUCCUAGACCUGAGCAGACAGGCCCUGUUGGCUGCUGGUGGUGUGGGUGGAGAUGGAACUGCCCAUCCUCCUGUCGGCCAGGGAGCUCCCAGGCCCAAGGUGGAUUCCAGCAUGCUCCAAAAAGGGCCUGAGGAUGGGAAGGCAGCUUUAGUUCAGCCCAAAGGGAAUGAAUGUCUUAGCAGCAGGGAAACAGCAGCUCCUGAAAGCAACUUGAAAGCAGCCGAUGCCAAGACCGAGAAUACUGGCACAGAAGAGCAGAUGGUGCCCAAGACCUCUCCAGAACCUACAGGUGCCGAGAACCCAGCCACACCCCUGGGGGAGGGGGUGCUCAGCUCCGACCUUGACAAAAUCCCCACCGAAGAGUUACCGAAGAUGGAGAGCAAGGAUGUUCAGCAGCUCUUUAAAGAUGUCCUGGGUUCUACUGAACGAGAGCAGCAGCUUAACUCUGUUGGGGUAGACGCUGAGGCCAGAGGCAUCCGUGACUCGAACUGCUCACAGCUUGCCCAAAGACCUUUUCUUCAAGGUGGUAGUGCAUCCCUUGGGCCCCUGCAGCCUGCUGUACCCAUGGAGACUUACUCAGGAGUUUGCCAGUCCCCAUUCCUUGAUAACAAGGAGAGGAGUGGCUUCUUCAGCCCUGAGCAGUGUGAACCAGAGAGUCCUUGGGCCAGCAGCUCUGCAGCUUCCACACCAACCACACCCACCACAGAGGGGGAAAGUGAUGGACUCUCAUACAACCAGCGGAGCCUGCAACGUUGGGAGAAGGAUGAGGAACUGGGAGAGCUUUCUACCAUCUCACCUGUUCUUUAUGCCAACAUGAACUUCCCCAGCCUGAAGCAGGAUUACCCAGACUGGUCUAGCCGUUGCAAGCAGAUCAUGAAGCUUUGGCGAAAGGUGCCAGCUCCAGACAAAGCUCCUUAUUUGCAAAAGGCCAAAGAUAACCGGGCAGCCCACCGCAUCAACAAGGUGCAGAAGCAAGCUGAGAGCCAGAUCAGCAAGCAGACCAAAGUGGAGGUGCUACGAAGGCCAGACCGCCCCACACUUCAUCUGCGCAUACCAUCCCAGCAGGGGGUGCUGUCUGGUGCCACACAGCCAUUGCCGCCUCCUUCCUCUGCUGCCUCAGCAUCGGGGCAGCCUCACUACAUCAAUCAUGCUGCAGCUUUGCCAAGUGGGUCAGGCGUUGAGUCGCCCAAUGAGCUCUUCCUCAAGCUUCCUGCUUCUGCCACCAGUGCCCAGCCCCCAGUGCAAGUGCCUUUGCACGAGCCCUAUGGCAUGGCCUCUGCUUGCCCCCCACCAGAUCCAGGUUUCCCUUCCCCCUCCUUGGUGGGCCAGAGUCCUACAGUGCCUGGUGGCUUUGUCUCUUCCUCUUCCGCCUCCUCUGGACAAUCUCCACUCCUACCAAACCCUCGUCCAGCCCCACAAACUGGGGAGUUGCAGCCCACCCCACCUGGAACCCCAAGGCACCAGCCCUCUACCCCGGACCCCUUCCUUAAGCCCCGCUGCCCCAGUGGAUCCUUGGAAAACUUGUCUGUGCCUGGAAGCCCUCAGCGAGCGGCACUUAUGCUUUCCCCGCCACCCUUUGGGGAGCAGCAGAAGAAAGGAUUGGAGGUCAAGAAGGAGGACACCGGUCCAGCGAUCAGCUCUCCUAGUUACAGCUCCAGCUAUAGCAACUCCCCUUCCAGCACUCACCCCUCCAGUGAAAUGAAGGCCCCUGAUGUUUUUAAAGCCCCACUCACCCCACGCCAGUCCCAGGUGGAGCCGCAAAGCCCAGGCUUAGGGCAUCGGCCCCCAGAUCCUCACCCUCUGGCUGCUUCCCCACCCAGCCAGGCUGACCUCUACAGGCAGUCGCCUUACCCAGAUCCCUAUGCCCAGCCCCCGCUGACCCCAAGGCCUCAGCCUGCACCCCCACCCCCAGAGGCCUGCUGCGUUUUGCCUCCUCGCUCACUGCCUUCUGACCCCUUCUCACGUAUACCUGCCAGCCCACAGUCUCAGUCCAGCUCCCAGUCCCCUCUCACUCCCCGCCCGCUCUCCAAUGAAGCAUUCUGCCAGUCUCCUGUCACUCCUCGCUUUCAGUCCCCUGACCCCUACUCCCGACCUCCCUCCCGGCCCCAGUCCCGGGACCCCUUUGCCCCACUGCACAAGCCCCCUCGAGCUCAAAUUCCAGAUGCUGGCUUCAAGCCGAUGCCUGUCUCCCACAACACCCUGUCAGUUGGGAGUUUCUCAACAGGGCCACCCUCCUCUGAGUCCCACCCAAAGGCCAGCCAGCAGUCUCCAUUUAUUCGCUCCCCUGGCGCCAGUGUCUUUCCCGGUGCUCAGCCGCAGAUGCGGUUCACCUUCCCUCCCAAUGAGCCAGUCAAGAGUUCUCCUUCCCAAGGGGUCAACAGCCAUUUUGCUCCUGGCAAACCACAAAGCACAAGCUAUGUUUCUUCACCGGGCUUCCACCAGGCUGGGAGCCCCCUGGGCCCAAGCAAGAAUACCCCAGACUCCUACACGGUCUCCCCACUGCGACCUCCGUCGGUGCUGCCCCAGCAGCCACCUUCACAGCAAGAUGGUGCUUUGUCCUUCCUGCCACGAGGAGGCGUGCCCUCAAAUGACAAGAGGGAGGAGGGGACAAUAGGACCCCCCAGUAGGGAGCUGCAAGAACUGACAGCUGGCCAGGAGGGGGCCAUUGGCAGCAGCACCACCCAGACGGAGAUGGAAAAACAGCGCCAACGCCAGAGGCUCCGGGAGUUGCUUAUCCGUCAGCAGAUCCAGAGGAAUAACCUGAGGCAAGAAAAAGAGAGUGCAGCAGCUGCAGCCACCAGCGUUCAGGCCUCCUGGAAUGCCGAGAGUGCUGGGCCAGCCUUUGAGCAGAUCAAUCGCAGCAUGACUCCUUACCCAUCACCACAGGACAAGGGACUAUUUGGCAGCCUGGGGAGCACCCCAGGAGGCAGCAAACUGCCCAGUGGUGUCAUGGUACAGGCGCCUUACAUGCAGGAUGAACGACUGGCCCGGCCACCUCCAGCAGCAACACCCUCUGCCAUGGAUAUCAAUGGCAGGCCAUCAGUGACAGCAGCUGCACAGCCAUUUUAUGCCCGCAGUGUCUUCCAAACUCCACCUGCACAGCAGCAGAUAUGGCAGCAGCAGCAACAAGCAGCAUCCAUGCGUCUCCCAAUUUCUUCACGCUUCCCACAGCCCCCCACCCAAGACGUAGGUCGCCAGACUUUGGGAGGCCUGGUUCCACGCCUGCCUGGUCCCAGUGAACAGUUUCAGACUUCAUCUGGCCCACUGGGAGCCCAGUUCAUUGAGUUACGGCACAACAUCCCAAAGGGAGUGCUAGGAAGUGGAGCUGGCCCUCCCUUUGUUCAACAGAAUCUACAGGCUCGACCCAGAUUCUUCUUGCCUGGAAAUGACAACACCAAUCAGGCUUUGAAAGCUUCCAUUAUGCCUGUGCAGGCCCCUGUCCUGGGAAGCCAAGGAAUACAAACACAGAAGAUCCCUAUUUCAUCCUCCCUUCAGGGUUCAGAGAUGAGCAAUAAUCAUCACUCUCAUGCCAAGGCCAUUCCCCAGUUGAUAUUGCCUCCUGGCAAUAUGGAGGUGCGACAUAUCCCAGCCCGAACACCCUCUUCAUCUGUCCCUAAAGAUGUUCCCCUCACCUCAACCAACAUUGACGCUACCCCAGCCACUGGCAAGAAUCAGCUAGGUCUGGUGAGUAGGCCAUUAGCUUGCGAGGUCCCAGUGGAACCGGAUUUAGAUGAUGAGUUUGAUUCUCACAAGGACCUUGUUGAAGAUGAUGAUGACUUGGCCAACUUAAGCCUUGAUCCAGAUGUUGCCAAGGGUGAUGAUGAUCUUGACAACCUGGAUAACCUGGAAACCAAUGACCCACACCUUGAUGAUCUAUUAAAUGGUGAUGAGUUUGACUUGCUAGCAUAUACAGACCCAGAACUGGACACUGGAGAUAAGAAGGAUAUCUUCAAUGAGCAUCUGCGGUUGGUGGAAUCUGCGAACGAAAAGGCUGAACGUGAGGAUCGGCUAAAAAAAGAGCCCUCUGUAGGUCCCUACCUCAAAGAUGCUCCUUCUGCUGGUGCUGGCAAGCCAGGUGAACAGAAGGCACCAUUAAUGCCCAGAGAUGAUGUUCCCAAAGUGAAAGAGGGGCUUGGUCUUCUCCAAGUUCCCUCUUCAUCUUCUGCAAGGGUGUCUCCACCACCCCUCCUUGCAACCUUCAAGGCCCAAAGUGACAUGCUGGACAGCAAGAUGGCUAGCCUGCCAGCUGAUAUCAAACCCAAGCUAGAGGAAGGCUGUUUAAAGCCCUCAGCCUGCCAGUUUAAUACUAGCACUGCAGAGAAACUUCCUGUCAAAUCUGAAGGUACAGAGAAAAUGAUUGCUACCUUAGGAGUAAACAUCAAAGCCAGCCAAAAUCUCAUGAGUCCUGGUGGAGUGCAACUUGGCAUGACUCAGUUCCACAGCAACAAUCACACUUCCAUGUCAGAUAAGGUCCUCUACAGCACCCAAACCCGUCCAUCACUUAUUCCUGUCUCAAUGCCCAACAACACUAAUCCUAUCCUGCAAAAGUUUGAGUUAGAUGGAGGGCCCUUGGGUCUGACUAGUAGUCAGCAGCAUUCUCCAGCUGAUGAACUAGACAAAAUGGAAAGCUCCUUGGUGGCCAGUGAGCUCCCUCUCCUAAUUGAAGAUCUGCUGGAACAUGAAAAGAAGGAACUGCAGAAGAAGCAGCAGAUGUCUGCCCAAAUACCCGGGAGCUCCCAGCACCUCCAGUCCCACACUGUGUUAGCACAUUCUGCUCCCCCUUCCCAACCUCAUGAUGGGCAGCUAGUAGGCCCUCAGCAACAGCUUCAGUUGAGCCUUGUGGCCAGACCACAGGGCAUGGUGGGCAACCAGCAACUGAUGCAGCAGCAGCAACAACGUCUGGCUGGUCCCCAGCAAAACCAAGGGCUAGCAGCACACCUGGGAGUACCUCAGAACCAGACUCACAUGCUUACCCCUCAGCAUGGCAUACAGGCAACUCAUAGCCAACAGAGCCAACAGCAGGUCUUAGCCCAGAAGAAUAUGCAAGGUGUCCAGCAGCAGCAGAUGAUGGGACUUAAGCCCCAGCAGAUUGUGAUGCAGCAGCAGCAGCAGCAGCAGCAGCAGCAGCAGCUGGCUAACAGCUUCUUCCCUGAUACAGAUCUAGAUAAAUUUGCUACUGAGGACAUAAUGGAUCCCAUUGCCAAAGCCAAGAUGGUGGCUCUAAAGGGUAUCAAGAAGGUCAUGGCACAAGGCAGCAUUGGGGUUGCUCCAGGCAUGAAUAGGCAACAAGUCUCCUUGCUGGCUCAGAGGUUAUCUGGAGCCUCGUCUUCAUCUGAAAUGACAAACCACAUUUUACCGAUACCUGGAGGACAGGAGCGGAACAGUGAUCCAGCACAGGCUCGUCCAAACCCUCCAACUUUUGCUCAAGGCGUCAUCAAUGAGGCUGAUCAGCGUCAGUAUGAAGAGUGGCUUUUCCACACCCAGCAGCUUCUCCAGAUGCAGCUAAAGGUGCUGGAGGAGCAAAUCGGGGUGCACCGCAAGUCCCGCAAGGCACUGUGUGCCAAGCAGCGGACAGCUAAAAAGGCUGGCCGUGAGUUCCCUGAGGCUGAUGCUGAGAAGCUCAAGCUAGUAACUGAGCAACAAAGCAAGAUCCAAAAGCAGCUGGAUCAGGUCCGGAAACAGCAGAAGGAGCACACCAACCUCAUGGCCGAAUACCGCAACAAGCAGCAGCAGCACCAGCAGCAGACCUCCACCGUCAUGGCCCUCAGCCCCUCCCAAAGCCCUCGCCUCAUGACCAAGCUCCCUGGCCAGCUGCUUUCUGCUCACGGCCUCCCGCAGGGGACACAGGGCCUGCCAGGUCAGGCAGGGGGCCUGCGCCUCCCACAGGCUGCGCCCCUGGCGGUGCAGCAGGGCCUGCCGUUCAUGAGCCAGCAGCAGCCGCCAUUGCCACCGCCAUCUGGGCCCACCACUGCCAGUAGUUUCUUUCCUGGCAGUCGCCUGUUACAGGAGAGACAGCUGCAGCAGCAGCAGCAGCACAGGUUGCAGCUGGCCCAGAAGCUACAGCAGCAGAACCUCUUGGGACAAAUGACCAUGCAGCAGCAGCAGCAGCAGCAAGGCCUGAUGGGACAGGUGUCUGUGCAGCAGCAGCAGCAGCAGCAACCACAAAGCACAAUAAGCCAGUCUGGUUUGAUGGGUCAGCCGCCGCCACCGCCACCCACGCCACAGCCAAACCAGAACCUGCUGCCUAAGCAACAAGGGCUGCUGAACAGCCAGCCAGGAGCUGUGGUCCAGCAACUCUCUCCGCAGCAGCAGCAGCAGCAGCAAGUUAUACUAGGGCACUCCAUGCUGCAGCAGCAUCAGGGUGUGUUAGGCCAUCAGGCUGCCCAGAGGCCAAUGCUACUGACUCCUCAGCAACAUCGGGCCCUGGGUUGUCCCCAGCAGCUGGCCCAGCAGACUCAAGGGAUGAUGGGGCAUCGGCUUCUUUUGUCUCCUCAGCAGCAGCAGCCGCCGCCGCCGCCGCCACCACAUCAGGCAGGGCUCCUUGGCCAGCAGAGGAAUUUGCUGGGCCAGCAGCAGCAGCAGCAGCAGCAGCAGAAUUCUAUAGCCCAGCACCAGGCACUCCUCAGCCAGGGACAGGACACACAGCCAGGAAUGUUGGGCCAGGCCACUCAACCAGGUGCCCUGAGCCAAGGGCAGGGAAUAGCUGCCGAGCCUAUCCAGCACUUUGCGCAGCAUGGGUCUCUGAACCAGCCGCUGCACUCAAGUCAGGGAAUGCAGUCAGCCCUGCCAGCACAGCAGCAGCAGCAGCAGCAGGGCUUGGCUGUGAAAGAACAGCAGGGAGGGCCAGAAGGCCCCAGUGUGCUUCCCCAGGAGGGAGCAGGUGGUGUACUGCAGCAGCAACUUCGGCCCCAUUUAGGAGGUCAGGAGCUGGGAGGGCAGAUGAAUGCCCCUGAGCAGCAAGGGAUGCCCAGCCACGGAGCCCCUCUGCAAGAGCAGUCCUCUCAGCUGAUGCUCCAGCAGCAUGGGGAGCCCCAGAAGCAGCCAGCUGAUACGGGCCAAGCACAGCAGCUUCUCCUGGACUCUCAACAGCAGAGCCUGUUGGGCCCUCUGCAGCUACAGAUGCAGCAACAGCAGCAAAACAGUAACCUACAGCAGCAAAGCAACCACCUGCAGCAGCCCCUGCGGGCCCACCCAGCUAUGGAUGGUGUCCUGCAGCAAGAGGUGUCUCCCCAGCAACAACACCACCACCAUCAGCAGCAGCAGCACCGAGAUACCACUCAGCCUCCCCACUUGCUCAACCAGCAAAUGGAGCAGCAAAGCCAAGGGCAGAAUGCAAUGGCCCCGCAGCAAAGGAUUGUGGGCCAAAACCUGGAACAAGCUUCCAAAGGCUUAUCAGGCCAGCUUGCUCUCCAGCAGCAGCAGCAGCAGCGCCUUCAAAGCCCAGCUGGAACUUCCAAAACACCUGGGCUGACGAUGUCGUUGCAGCAGCAGCAGCAGCAGCAGCAAGGCAUGAUAGUCCCACAGCCAUCACCCCAAGGCCAAAACAUCCUGGCCAGCCCUGUAAUGGGUCAGAUCCGGGCUCAGCUUCAGGGAGUCAUCUCUAAAAAUCCACAGUUCCGGAACCUCACUCCUCAGCAGCAACAGCAGUUGCAGGCUCUGCUGAUGCAGCGGCAUCAGCAGAACUUGCUGCAGCAGAACCAAGCGUUGCGGCAAGCCAGCCCUUAUCCGGUGCAGGCACAAGUAUCGCUUGACCAGGGCCGGCCAGCUGCUCCACAGCUUCCCCUUCCCAGCAACGUGGGACAGCAGAUCCCAAGGCAGCCCCCUCUUGCUGUAUUCCAGAUUCGUCCAGAGCAGGGGUUUGCUGUGUCCGCCGAGCAGCAGAAGGUCCCAGUGAACCAGCAGGUUGCCAGCAGUCCUCACCAGCAGGGGGCACCAAGGCUUCCUGCUCCCUUGAGCGUUGCUGGCAUGGUCUCUCUACCACAGCAUCAGCCUGGCCUGUCAGAGCCAAAGAGACCAUCCCCUUUGCUCCUGGCUAAAAGCCCCGAACAGCAGCCAACCCCCAGCCAGAAACACCAGCCCACCACUCCCAGUCCCCUAUUCUCCCCUGACCCAGCGUCUUUCAUUGCAAACACAAAGGAAACAGCUCUUGGUCCUGGUAGCCUCAGAGACUUAGAGCGCCCCACCAAAGUGCCCACAGAGCCAGUAGCAGUCAAGGGGCAGGCGGGGAAGCUAGCUUCCUUAGUCGCAGGAAGAGUUUUGCCCCUAUCAGGAGACCCUCCCCUUGUUUGUAUCAAACAGGAACCCAAGGAAGAAGUGGCGCAGUGUGCGCUGAUGAGUGGUCCCCAGCCAGUCAAGCGGGAAGCAACUGGGGAACCUGUGCCACAAGGAGCUGCUGUUGCCACUGCUGUUGUGUCCACUAACAGUAACAGCCUCACCCGCACUGAAGCUGGCCACCUCUUGCUGCAGAAGUUGCUGCGAGCCAAGAAUGUGACACUGGGGACUCAGCGCUCGGGUGACGUCAACGGACACAUGGAUGGCAAAUUUGCUGGGACAGAGGGCCGAUUGCAGAUGGUGCCAGACAUACGAGAGGAUGCACUCUCAGCAAAAAAACCUCCCCCACCAAAGCCAAAGCGAUCCCAGAAAGCUGGGGAGCGACUUGUCAAUUCCCGCAAGAAACUGCGCAAGGAGGAUGGAGUGAAGUCCAAUGAAGCCCUAAUGAAACAGCUAAAGCAGGAACUCUCCUUGCUGCCUCUGAUGGAACCAGUUAUCACAGCCAAUUUCAAUCUCUUUCCCCCCUUUGGAAGCAGCCCAAUCAAUGGCAAGAGCCAGCUGAAAGGCUCAUUUGGUAAUGCCGCCUUGGACAGCAUUCCGGAUUACUACUCACAGCUGCUCACCAAAAACAACUUGAGCAACCCUCCAACACCACCUUCCUCACUGCCCCCCACACCCCCACCCUCUGUGCAGCAGAAGCUGGUGAAUGGCGUUCUGUCUUCUGAGGAGCUGACCGGGCAGUCCAAAGAGCCAGACCUACCCCAUGAGCCUGAAGGGCAGAAGGAUGCUCUCCCUGUGGAAGUGAAAAGCUUAGAUCUCCUUGCAGCUCUGCCUACCCCACCACACAACCAGACUGAGGACGUCAGGAUGGAGAGUGAUGAGGAAAGUGACUCCCCUGAUACCAUUGUCCCAGCAUCAUCCCCAGAGAGUGUCUUGGGAGAAGAGAUACCACGCUUUCCAUUGCUGGUUGGAGCCAAGUCUGAAGUGGAGGAGUGCCCCAUGUCCCCUGUCAUACCCAUAAUUCCAAAGGCCAGCAUCCCAGCUUUCCCAGAUUCCAAGCCCUAUGGGACUGUAGAGCCAGUGGGGAAGGAGACACCAGGCACUUCCUGGGACAGAGCCAAAGGGAGUGAGGUCUCCGUCAUGCUCACUGUAUCUGCAGCUGCUGCCAAGAAUCUGAAUGGUGUCAUGGUGGCAGUGGCUGAGCUGUUGAGCAUGAAGAUUCCCAGUUCUUAUGAAGUGUUGUUUCCAGAGCGAAGUGUAACCAGUGAACCCAGAAAAGGUGAAACUGAUGCACAGAGCAAAGAGAAGCCAGUAGUUCCAAAGGGCCAAGAAGGUGGACCAGAGUGGCUGAAGCAGUUUGAUGCCAUGUUGCCUGGUUACAGUCUCAAGAAUGAGCUGGACAUCUUAACUUUGCUCAAACAGGAGAGUCCAGUUCCAGAAAAAGCUGCUCAACACUGCUACAUCAACAAUGUUGCCAAUCUGGAUGUCCGGCAGCUCUUGACGCUUCCUGAAGAGCCAUCUCCUCCUCUGUCCCCUUUUGCACCCUCUCCACCAAGCCCACCCAAAGCUCCUGAGCCACUCCCUGAGCCUGAAGCACCACCUCCACCUGUGACAUCUCCUCCACCAUCAUCUCCAAAGGAGGAAGCUCCUCAGUCUUCACCGAAAGCCAAGCCUCGCUCCAGGCCCCUGGAAGACAAUGAGGAGAGCAAGCCAAGGCUAAAAAAAUGGAAAGGGGUGCGAUGGAAACGACUACGUUUCCUCAUUACCAUUCAGAAGGGUGGUACCAAACGUGAUGGGGAUAGAGAAAUUGCGGAGUUCAUUGAGCGCUUGGCCACCACGCUUCGGCCUGAGAAAGUGCCACGUGAUUUACGGAAGUGCUGCUUUUGCCAUGAGGAAGGCGAUGGGGCCACAGAUGGUCCAGCCCGCCUCCUUAAUCUUGACCUGGACUUAUGGGUGCAUCUCAACUGUGCACUCUGGUCCACGGAGGUUUACGAGACUCAGGGUGGGGCCCUCAUUAAUGUGGAAGUAGCACUGCACCGGGGCCUGCUCACCAAAUGCUCACUUUGCCAGAAGACUGGUGCCACUAACAGCUGCAACCGUAUCCGCUGCCCCAAUGUCUAUCACUUUGCUUGUGCUAUCCGUGCCAAGUGUAUGUUCUUUAAAGACAAGACGAUGCUGUGCCCGCUGCACAAGCUCAAGGGCCCCUGUGACCAGGAGCUCAGCAACUUUACUGUCUUCCGACGGGUUUACAUCGAGCGGGAUGAGGUCAAGCAGAUUGCCAGUAUCAUCCAGCGCGGGGAGCGCCUCCACAUGUUCCGAGUGGGAGGCCUGGUCUUCCAUGCCAUAGGGCAGCUCUUACCCCACCAAAUGGCAGACUUUCACAGUGCCACAGCACUCUAUCCUGUGGGCUAUGAGGCCACCCGCAUCUAUUGGAGUUUGCGGACCAACAACCGGCGUUGCUGCUAUCGUUGUACCAUUUGCGAGAACAAUGGCCGGCCAGAGUUUGUGGUUCAAGUGAUGGAACAUGGUUUGGAGGAUUUGGUCUUCACGGAUUCCUCGCCACAGGCUGUCUGGAACCGCAUCAUCGAACCAGUGGCUAUGAUGCGCAAGGAAGCUGACAUGCUGCGACUUUUCCCGGAAUAUCUCAAGGGAGAAGAGCUCUUUGGCUUGACAGUGCAUGCUGUUCUACGCAUUGCAGAGUCUCUGCCUGGUGUAGAGAGCUGCCAGAAUUACCUGUUUCGCUAUGGACGCCAUCCACUCAUGGAACUGCCACUCAUGAUCAAUCCCACUGGCUGUGCCCGAUCGGAACCCAAAAUCCUUACACACUAUAAACGGCCCCACACUCUGAACAGCACCAGCAUGUCCAAAGCUUACCAGAGUACAUUCACAGGUGAAACAAACACACCUUAUAGCAAGCAGUUUGUGCACUCCAAGUCCUCCCAGUACCGCCGUCUCAAGACAGAAUGGAAGAACAAUGUGUACCUGGCCCGCUCCCGCAUCCAGGGGCUCGGGCUUUAUGCUGCCAAGGAUCUUGAGAAGCACACAAUGGUUAUUGAAUACAUUGGCACCAUCAUCCGCAACGAGGUUGCUAACAGGCGGGAGAAGAUCUACGAGGAGCAGAACCGAGGCAUCUACAUGUUCCGUAUCAAUAAUGAGCAUGUCAUUGAUGCCACCCUGACAGGUGGCCCUGCCAGGUACAUUAAUCAUUCCUGUGCACCGAAUUGUGUGGCUGAGGUGGUGACUUUUGACAAGGAGGACAAGAUAAUAAUAAUCUCAAGUCGCCGAAUACCUAAAGGAGAGGAGCUGACGUAUGACUACCAAUUUGACUUUGAAGAUGAUCAGCACAAAAUCCCGUGCCAUUGUGGAGCCUGGAACUGCAGGAAGUGGAUGAACUAGCCCCAAGAGGCUCUUUGACAAGGCAGAGGCCACCCCUGAUUUCCUGGCACAAACGGUGCCAUGUGCUCGGUGAGAGAGGCUUUUUCUGCCAGCUCUCCCAACCAGCCAGUGUGGCCGAAAGUCACCCAGGGAAAGCAUGAUUGGACCUUGCCAUCCCAACAUGCUCGUGGGGUAGCCAGGACUCAGAUUUAAAGGGGGCAAUGUCAGCCUACCUACCUGCCCCUGUAAGCCAAUAUUGGUGGAGGUUUAUAUCAAGUUGGUUCUUUUGGCAGUUGGGUCCAGUUGCCUCCUGCUUCUUGAUGAGGCAACCAACUUUUCCCCCAACAAAAGGCAACAGCCGCUAGCAACUCCAUCUGGGGUGGGAAACCGAUAAACUGGAACUCAGGGUUUUCUUUUUAGUAUUUUUCUUUUGUGGCCGAAAUGGGGAUCCUUCUACCCCUGUGCACCUGUAAAUAAUGGACUAUCAGAAAUAUACGGGGUGGGGGGAGAGACUGGGGCAUUCUGUCUAGCAGAGCUGGGGAAAGAGGGCUGCAGCAUGGCUAUUGAAUCCCCAGGGAAGAAUUUGUAGGGUUUUUUUCCCCUUUGUGUGUGCGUGUGUUGGGUGCAAGAAGAAUUAAAAAAAAAAACCCUAAUCUCUAUUGCUUGCUAAUCUACCAAGGUAACAAGAGACUUCAAAGAGACUUGUUUUAGCUUGACAAUCCACCUUCCAGAGCACCUCCCUCUGGAUUUUGUUUAAUUUAGGUGUUGGAUUUAAAAUGUGUGUGAGUGUGGGUGUAUAUAUGUGUGCUUUUUGGAAAAAGUCUGUUUCCUAGAGAAAGCAGGCACUGCCUUGCAGAAAUUGGAAACAGAACUCCCCUGUCUCUAGCCCCCCCCCCCCCAUCUUCCAUGUGCGAGGAGCAUCUGCACUUGAACCUACCUCAUUUAAAGCAUUAGAUUUUGGUGUCUUUGUUUUAUUUUUCUCUCUCUCUAAUGUGAGCCCCUCGCUGUGCUACCCUUCUUUCUAAGCCCUCUUCCCUGAACAUGGAGAGCCACAGUUGCCCUGUCACACGUGGGAAACUAUUAUGAGGUGAGGUGAGAAAUGUCUUCUUCUGGACUUGUCCUUUGCCUUUUUUCCUUUUCUCUCCCCAGUCUCCCUGCAACCCCAGGAAGCAUUCAGUCUCCUAGGACUCUUUUGAGGCUGAACUGCAGAGCUCUGGGAAUCCCCAUCCAUUAACGGAAGAGCCGAAUGCACUGCCAAGUAUGAGGUGGUUUGAACAUGCCAGUGCAUCACCAGGGGAGAGAACUCCA